CCCCAUAGUGACAAUGGGGUUCCCAUAGUGACAAUAGGACCCCCAAAGUGAUGCUGGCACCCCCAUAGUGACAAUGGGGUUCCCAUAGUGACAAUGGCACCCCCAUAAUGACAAUGGGACCCUGCCGGGUGCCCCCCCGCCCCGGGUCACGUUGCUCCACCAAACCCCCCCCCCCUCCCGUCCCCCGCCCAUCCCGGGGCGGUGCCGCCGGUGCCGGUGCCCCGAGGGCUGCGGAGCCCAGCCAGGAGCAGGAGCUGUUGCCAUGGGGCACUGGGCAAUGGCCCCCUCCCUGCUCCACCGGGUCCUGCGUGGGGCUGAGGACCGCUCUGCCCACGCCACCCUCGCCGCGUGGCUCCGGUACCGCCAGGCCUGCGAGCAGCACCUGCGCCUCGACCCCCCUGCCCCUGGGCCCGUCUGCAACCGCAGCUUCGACCUCUACGCAUGCUGGGGGGAUGCGGCCCCCAACAGUACCGCCAGCGUCCCCUGCCCCCCCUACCUGCCCUGGCACCACCGAGGUACACAGGGGGAGAUGGGGGGCAGGAAGGUGGGGGCAGAUGGGGGUCACAUCUAUGGGGCAGCCCCGCGGGGUGACACCGGCACAGUGCAGGGGGGGUUCGUGUUCCGGCGCUGCGGCCCCGACGGGCGCUGGGUCAGCGACGGCACCGGGCGGCCGUGGCAGGACCAUGGACAGUGCGAGGACCCCGCACCCGAGCAGCCGCUGCAGCGCCAGGCCUGGCUGCUGGAGCAGCUCCGGCUGCUUUACACCGUCGGGUACUCCCUGUCCCUCGUCGCCCUGGUCCUGGCGCUGCUGCUGCUGCUGCUCUUCAGGCGCCUGCGCUGCACCCGCAACUUCAUCCACGCCAACCUCUUCGUGUCCUUCGUGCUCCGCGCCGGCUCCAUCCUCACCCGGGACGCGCUCCUGCAGCGCCGCCUGGCAGCCGGGAGCGCGCACCCGCUGCAGGGGCUGCGCCUCGAGGCGGUGGCCGGGUGCCGCCUGGCCCAGGCCGUCACCCAGUACUGCGUGGGAGCCAACUACGGGUGGCUGCUGGCAGAGGGGCUCUUCCUGCACAAGCUGCUGGUGCUGGCGGCCUUCUCCGGAGAGCGCUGCCUGCCGGCAUUCCUGCUCCUCGGGUGGGGUGCCCCCCUGCUCUUUGUGGUGCCAUGGGUGGUGGUGCGGUACCUCUACGAGAAUGAGGGCUGCUGGGAGAGGAACGAGAAGGCGGCCGUGUGGUGGAUCAUCCGGUGCCCCAUCCUGGCGGCCGUGGCGGUGAACUUUGUGGUCUUCAUCCGCAUCGUCCGCAUCCUCGUGGCCAAGGUCCGGGCGCACCAAGUGUCACGUGGGGACACCAGGGUCAGGCUGGCCCGGUCCACGCUGACGCUGAUCCCGCUGCUGGGGGUGCACGAAGUCGCCUUUGCCUUGGCUGGGGACGGGCCCGGGGGGGGGUCCCUGCGCCUGGCGCGGCUCUGCCUGCAAGUGCUGCUGUCCUCGUCCCAGGGCCUUGUUGUCAGCGUCCUCUACUGCUUCGUGAACAAGGAGGUGCAGGCCGAGGUGCGCCGCUGGUGGCAGCGCUGCCGCCUCGCCGCCCCCCGCCGCCCCCCCCGGGCCCCCCCCCUCGGGUCCCGCCGCUACGUGGCCGUGGGGGGGCAGCGACCACCGCCCCCCCCCGGGACCGGGGGGCAGGAGGGCGCCGAGAGCGUCUGCUGA